AUGGCCAACGCCAACGGUCUCAACUCUCCCACCCCCGAGGCCAUCCGCGCCGAGGCCAGGAAGAACAUUGAUCACCUCACCAUCAAUGGCCGCUCCACGAUUGAGCCCAACGGCUCCAUUUCGACCUCGCCGCCCCUCCCUCCUGGAGCUCUGACGCCCCGUACCCGCCGCAACUCCAAGGUCGGUAUCAGCUCGCUGUACCGUGCCGACUUGCCCAAGCUCCCCGUUCCGGCCCUGCGGGACUCGAUGUCGCGCUACCUGCGUGCGCUCGAGGGUCUGCAGGACCAGGAGGAGCACGAGCAGACCAAGGAGAUCGUCAAGGAGUUCCUUGAGAGCGGCGAGGGUGACAAGUGGCAGGCUCGCCUGGAGGAGUACGCGCAGGGCGUCGACAGCUACAUUGAGGAGUUCUGGUACGAGUCGUACCUCUCCCACCAGGACUCGGUCGUGCUCUCCCUCAACCCCUUCUUCGUGCUUUCGUCGGAUGUCACUCCCAGGAACGACCCUCAGCUCUCGCGUGCUGCUUCGCUCAUCCUCUCGUCCCUGGCAUUCAUUCAUGACCUCCGUACCGGCCAGCUCAAGGCCGACAACAUCCGUGGCACCCCGCUCGACAUGGACCAGUACGAGCGCCUCUUCGCCUCGUGCCGUGUCCCGACCGACAUGGGUUGUCGCAUGGAGACCUACGAUGACUCGCGCCACAUUGUCGUCCUCCGCCGUGGCCAGUUCUACUGGUUUGACGUGCUCGACUCGAAGAACCGUCCCAUGCUCUCGGACCGCGAGAUUCUGACCAACCUCCAGGGUAUCGUCGCCGACGCUGAUAAGAUCCCCGUUACCGACACUGCCCAGAGCGCCGUCGGUAUCCUGACUACCGAGAACCGUAAGAUCUGGUCGAACCUCCGCAAUGAGCUGCGCGAGUCGAACAAGCGCAACGCCAAGUCGCUCGCUAUCGUCGAGUCGGCCCUGUUCGUUGUGUGCCUUGAUGACGCCGAGCCCGCCGACCUCGGCGAGCUCUGUGGCAACUUCCUGUGCGGUGGCUACCGCCUCGAGCACGGCACUCAGGUCGGAACCUGCACCAACCGCUGGUACGACAAGCUGCAGAUCAUCGUCUGCUCGAACGGUGAGGCCGGAGUCAACUUUGAGCACACUGGUGUCGAUGGUCACACCGUCCUGCGUUACGCCGCCGAUGUGUUCACCGAGCUCGUCCUGCUCUUCGCCAAGUCGAUCAACCCCUCGACCCCUUCGCUGUUCAAGGCCAAGAUGUCGCCAUUCGCCAAGAACUCGAAGACUCCUCGUGAGCCCGACGAUGUCGAGACCGAGGCCGACACCAAGCCCAAGAAGCUCGAGUGGGCCCUCACGCCCGACCUCAAGCAGGGUGUCCGCUUCGCCGAGACCCGUAUUUCGGACCUGAUCUGCCAGAACGACAGCAAGGCGCUCGAGUUCCGCGGCUACGGUGCCAACUUUAUUAAGCGCCACGGCUUCUCGCCCGACGCUUUCGUCCAAAUGGCGUUCCAGGCUGCCUACUACAACCUCUAUGGCCGUGUCGAGUCGACCUACGAGCCUGCGAUGACCAAGACCUUCCUGCACGGUCGCACGGAGGCUAUCCGCACUGUCCAGCGCGAGAGUGUUCACUUUGUCAAGACCUUCUCGUCCGAGACCGCCUCUCCCGCCGAGAAGAUCCAGGCUCUCCGCGACGCCUGCAAGCGCCACACCGUGCUCACCCGCGAGUGCUCGCAGGGUAUGGGCCAGGACCGCCACCUCUACGCCAUGCACUCGCUCAUCCAGCGCGACAUUUGCGCCGCCCGCGAGCGCGGCGAGAAGCCGCCCAAGGUCCCCGAGCUCUUCCGUGACCCCGGCUACGGCACUCUCGGCGCAUCGGUCCUCUCGACCUCGAACUGUGGUAACCCCGCGCUCCGCCUCUUCGGUUUCGGCCCCGUCACGCCCGAAGGCUACGGCAUCGGUUACAUCAUCAAGGACGAGGCGAUCAACGUGUGCAUGUCGUCCAAGCACCUGCAGACGCGCCGUCUCCUCAAGACGCUGCAGGCCUACCUGCUCGAGGUCCGCCAGCUGAUCAUCCAGCUCUGGCGCGAGGCCAACGAGCGCCCUCAGGCGUUCAUGGACCACUCGGGUGUCAUGCGCGACGCCAAGACUGGUCGCCGCCUCAGCGACCACGAGCGCGACGGCGGCGACGAGUCGGCCCUCCUCGAGGAGGAGGACGACUACAUCGGCGGUUUCGGCUACUUCGAUGUCGGCACGCCGAGCGCUGUUGCGCAGAGCAAGCGCCGCCGUCCCACUGUCGGAAAGAUGAUCCCCAUUGCGGAGUACUAA